UACUGAGUUCGCAGGGACGAGGGGGAUCAUUACGACGACAUUUUUAAAGUUCCUGUGGAUUAUAACAGUCGUCGCGUCCUUUCCGGUUUGCCUCACGGGACCUUAUUUCAGAGGAACAUGGUAUAGGAGGGGAGAGAUAAAUAUACGUUUUGAUCCCGCUUUAGUUGUGCCAUGAAUCAAAUGGCGUUUGUGAAUUUACAAGAUAUUUUUUUUCCAGUCAACUAAGUCACAGUUUGUCGUGAAGUCAGAAGUUUCGUUUCUCAACCGAAAUUUGCGGCUCAACAUGUUUUUUAAACGCAUACAACCAGCUUAAAAUCGCCUGUUCGCUCCAUUCCCCCUUCUCGCAGGCUCUGGGAUUUUUAUCUGAAGCCUCACGUUGUACGUAACUGACGUCACGUUUUAUGUCAUGAAUUCGCUGGAAACAGUUGUAACAGAAAACAGCAUUAGGCCUAUCGUCAAUGAAGCAACAAUGGCUGUGUCCCAGUUCAGGGUCUGCAUCCUUCAAAGGACGCAUAUGAAGGCUAAUUACAUCACAAUGCAAAAGCUGUCCCACUUUGAAGGCUCCUUCAAAUGCAGCCCACAAAUGUGGCCUUCUUUUUCUGUCUUUUUGGAGGAUGCACUGCUACUGUCCUUUGCAGCUUCCCAUAUCCCAAGAUUCUUUGCACACCCUAAAAAGAAGAAAAUAAGAAAGAAAACAACAUCACUUUGGAUUUUUGACUCGACCCCUGUGAUUUCCAGAAUGAGCAGUGGUGCUGGGGGGUCGUUGAUGGUGGCGCGUGAACAGCUGUAGGAGGGGCUUUGUCAGAUAAGGACGGCAUUAGGUAAGGCCAUUAGCGUCCUGUGGAUUAUUGUAAUCCAGCCUCUCUAUCACUGCUGGCUUGGUCGUUCAGUCCACAGUCGGUCUCGUCUGGUUUGGAGCGGGUUGGAAGAUGGUUCUCGACGUGCAGCGUUUCCUGGUGGCCCUGCUUCUUCUGGGAACUAAUGUGUUCAUCAGCAUUCAGGCUCAAGAGGCGGGAGUGACCGAGGCGUGGACCAGCAGGUCUUGCAAAUGUGACUGUGAAGGAGGAGAAGCCCCGACUGAGUUUUCCACCAUUGGGACCAGCUCAAUGGUGCGUGGCGUGGACUGCAUGCCAGAGUGUCCUUACCACAAGCCUCUGGGAUUCGAGGCCGGAUCAGUGAAUCCAGACCAGAUCACCUGCUCCAACCAGGAACAAUACACCGGCUGGUUCUCCUCAUGGCUCCCAAGCAGGGCCCGGCUCAACAGUCAGGGCUUCGGGUGUGCCUGGCUGUCUAAGUUCCAGGACAACAGUCAGUGGCUGCAGAUCGACCUGACGGAAGUGAUGGUGGUGUCCGGGAUCCUGACUCAGGGCCGCUGCGAUGCCGACGAGUGGAUCACCAAGUACAGCGUUCAGUACCGCUCAGACGAAAAACUCAACUGGAUCUAUUACAAAGACCAGACUGGAAACAACAGGGUGUUCUAUGGGAACUCUGACCGCUCCUCGUCUGUGCAGAACCUCCUGCGGCCGCCCAUCGUGGCGCGUUACAUCCGCAUCCUCCCGCUCGGAUGGCACACACGCAUCGCUCUGCGUCUGGAGCUGCUGCUCUGCAUGAGCAAAUGCAUCUGAAACCUCUCCUGCCGCCGUCCCUGAGGCCUUGUCCCAGAACUUCAUCUGCGCCCUAUCGUCAAAAUCUGUCUCAAAUUAUAUCCACAGAUUUGGCCCCACAUUGAAAAACUAACAAAACAAAACAAAACAAAACAAAAACAACCUGAGACAAAAUUAUUGUAAUUGUAACCUUUUUAAAAUACAAACAAACAGUUUAAGUUAUGUUAUUUCAUUAGAAUAUUUGUUUGAUAUGCUUGAUGAGCUUUCAUUAACUCGGCUCUCCAUUGUUGUUAAACCAGUCUCACACUGGGGGCUUUAAUUUGUUGAGUUCACAAUAGAUUGUUCCAUUUGCAACGAAAUGGCAUAAAUUCAAAGCAAUAAUUAGGCACUGAGAGAGAGAUGCAGCGUUGCUAUGGAGGCCGUAUUCACCGGUCUGAGACGAGCUCUUGUCCCUCUGUGACAGGUCUAUCAAUUUAUGUUUUCUUCUCCUGAUAUUUAAUGGUAAACAGGAAAUGUACAGUUCUGCAGCACUCCGUCUCUCCUCACCGUCCUCAGAGGAUAAAGCUGGUGUUAUGCUACACUUUAUGUCUUACUGUCGACAAAUCCCAUGAAUGGACUGAAUCCAUCAAUGACUUGAUCAUACCAGCAGGUAUUGUUGUUUGGCAGAUGAAUGAUAGAUCUUAUUUACUGUAUUUCUAAUCUGUUUUUAAUAUCAACAAAAGCUGUUAAAACAUCAGUGAGCCCAUCUGUUGCACUUGGAGACAUGUUAGUUCAUUAGCAUAAACAUAAACUACAUGAACUGUAGUUUAUGUUUUGUUCAUAUAAUUGACACUGUUGUGUGGUUGAAUGUGUAACAAAUGUGCGUUCAUCCGCACUGGAAAUAAUCCCAUACAAACACAAUGUUUACUCCACUGUUUUUGAAGCACCAUUUUGAAGCACCAAGCCAGAAAGGACAUGUUUUGGUCUUUUUGUGGGAUGUUUUGACUGUAAGACAAAUUUAGAAUAAUGCCAGACUAUGUCUUUAAAUCCAUGUGAUUCCUUUUCCUCUCUCAUGUUUCACAACCUUUAUCUCAGCCACUUUUUUUUUAAAGUAUCACUCCUCAGUGCACUACAAAGAUGGAGUGGUGGCAGAUUCACUUAUAUUCAGAUGUGGUGUUGUGCUGUGGUGAACUCCUUUUCUUUUGUAACAUUUCAACUCAAUUUCCCAUGGUGCUUUGGGAGCACACUGCAGAGGUUUGAUUGCUCUGACUUUGUGCUCUUUAUUGUAUCUAUAAACUAUUUCCUUGAUUAAAUGAAUCUGUGAAUGAAUCUGUUCU